UACCUCGUGGCAGAUGUUGGCAGGCUCCCGGCCGGCUCCGAUCCCUUGGGGGGAGGAGGAGGCCGACAGCCGGAAAGCCCCCUUGCCUCGCUAGGAAGGAGGUGCAGCCAGGGGCCGUUUCCUUGGCGAUUCGCACCCUGCCUUGACUUUUUCUCUCCCCACUCGCCCGCCCGCCCGUCCGUCCGCCCGCCCGCCUCGCAAACGGAUCUGCGCGCCAGCUGCUGGCUGGCAUCGCUUCCCGGGCCGCCUUCCAGCCGGAGCGAGCCCUGCAGGUGGGCUCGGCCACUAACGAGUGGCCGGAGUUUCUUCGCCGGACGCUCCAGCUCUUCCUUCGCCUGCUGGUUUUCCUGUGUCUCCCGGUGGGCGGAAAGCAACCUCCAGGCAUCGCUGCUAUUGCUUGCAGCCUCUCUCCCCCUCCCCACUCACGCCCCCCUCCCCGCUCCGCUGCUUUCCCUGCUCCGAGGCGGGGCGAUGGCCAAGAUCCGAGUGGCUUACGAAUACACCGAAGCUGAAGACAAAACCAUCCGGCUGGGCUUGUUCCUCAUCGUUUCUGCUAUCUUGUCGCUUUUCAUCUUGGGCUUCUGCUGGCUCAACCCGGCCCUGCAGGAUUUGCAAGGAAAGGCGGCCAACUGCACCGUGCUGUCGGUGCAACGGAUCAGCGAGGUUUUCGAGUGCACGUUCACGUGUGGCGCCGACUGCAAGGGCACCUCCCUGUACCCCUGCCUCCAGAUCUACGUCAACAACUCCGAAUCCAACGCCCGGGCGCUCCUGCACCCGGACGAGCAUCAGCUCCUCACCAACCCAAAGUGUUCAUACAUCCCCCCCUGUGAACGGGAAAACGAGAAGAACUCUGAUAUUGUAAUGCACUGGCAGAUUUAUUGGGAAGACGAAGUAGGUUCUCAGCCUUUCACUUGCUACUUUAAUCAGCACCUCAGACCAGAUGAUGUAUUGCUACAACGUACACAUGACGAAUCUGUUCUUUUGCACUGCUUCCUUUGGCCAGUGGUCACAUUCCUGGUUGGAGUCCUAAUUGUGAUCUUGACCAUCUGUGCAAAGAGCUUGGCUGUCAAAGCAGAAACUAUGAAGAAGAGGAAGCAUUCCUAAAUGGAGGACACCCUUCAAAAAAGGAUGCGGGAAUGCCAUAUGUGACUGACUUCUCUGGUAUUCCCAGCAAUGCCCAUUCCCAGUGUAUUGCCAACUGCUGGUCUUGCUGAUGCCUAGGUGACCAUGCUGUGACAUGUUAACUAGUUGUUUCUGCCAUUAUGAAAGCAAGUGUGUUUUUUCCACUAAAUGAUCCUAAGAUGCAUCAAACCUUCAUUCAAACUUAAUGAAAUCAAAAUCUCUGAUGGAGUGGAGGACAAAGUGUGAAAACCCAAAUUGUGGUUGACUUCAUCUUAGUAAAUUUAUCUUUCUUAAUGCUAUUAUUUAGUCUUAAAUAUUUAUUACUUCCUUUCUCAUAGACUGUAUUUCUCAAAUAUUAAAAAGUGGUUGUUUUUAUUA